AUGGCGAAGAAAAAGAAGCCAGCAGGUAAUCCCGCCCGUGGCUUCGCGACAACGUCAGUCGCGAGCAAGCCGAAGCCGGAAAAGGCAGCCGCAGACGUCCCAGUCAAGCAAGUUGCACAGACGCCGUUGAAAGAAGGUACAGCCGCAUCCGAGCUCGCGCCCCAGCCAUCCGAGAAGACGAUAGCGCCGAAGGAAGAAGUCGCGCCAACUCCGGAAGAGCUCGAGGCCCAGCUGGAGCGUGAUGAGCUCCAGUUGCUUGCAGAGAAGCAUGCCGCAAAGGUCAGGCGCGAGGUUACUCGCCAUGUCUCCAAAUUCCAGACAGAUCGUAGACUACUUCGUAGCCAGUCGCACUCCAUGACCGUCCACGACUGGCUACCCAAUGAAAUUCUUGAUAGUAUCAUUCUCCUGGCCCAGGCAGAAUCAAACGAUUCAAAUAGGAGGCAGGGUCAUCAGUCCCUACUCAAGACCCUAACCGAAGAAGAUGCCAUGUCAAAACUAUGGACUCUUGACCUUUCCCUGCGUGAACUGGGCUUCUCGCGGGACCAAAUACAGCCCGUCUUGCGAUGGCUCUGCGCAAACGCCGCCAGUAUCGACGCAUCUUCAGGUGUAUGGGGCCUACAAGACGCUCUCGAAUGGCUGGCACUGGACCAAUGUGAAGACCACACGUUUUCCUAUGAGGAGUCGCGUCCAAAGCGCUCCACUGUCGAUACCCCUGACACAUCCCCAUCUCCAACACCACCGCUUGCGCCUCCUGCCAAUGGAACGGCUGCAUCGAACCCCUUAAUUUUGCCAGCAAGUAAUCUUCCGACACCUGCUGAACUCGAGCAAGAUGAUACACAUGUCAGCGAUCUCGAUAGCGACCUAGAGCUUGACGAGCUCAUCCCAGCAUACCUCAAAAUCAAAGGCAAGCUGUUCGAAAUUGAUCCACAGCUCGUCGAUACGACUACUCGGAAGCCAGCCAAAGGAGCCAAGUCUAAGAAGUCCGCCCCAGGAACCGUUCAAACUCCAGCUGUCCGAAAACUUCUCUCUCAGUUGCAACAGCUCACGUCCGACGCGCUCUUCGACGAAUAUCAAGCCGAAGCUCAGUGGCCCGCUAAGCGCAACCAAAUCGCCCAAUCUCAAGCCGAGAAAAGGCAGCGGAUCGAAAACCAGCCUAGCAUUGCCCAAGUACAGCAGAAAGAGGUCGUUGUUGACCCUCCCAUGGUAGACGUCGCAAAGGCGCCACUUCCCGCAGCCCCACAGGGUGUGGAGGAAGUUGAAGAAGAUGUAGAUCUGCUUGGAGGCAUGUUCUCUGCAGUCCCUGAUGCAGGACCAGCACCGGAGACUUCAAAUGACGGCGCGUCUACCGACAACGUAACCCUUCGUGAUUUUGGAAAAUCACCAGGAAUGUCUCCACGCAAAGUGUUCGAAGAGGCGGUGCGGUCAAGGGAUCCGGGUGCGCGCGUAACGUACAAAAUGAUUUCUCCUACCACCUACACCUGCCGACAUUCUGUGACAAUUGCUUGGUCCAAAGACGACGACAUCGAAUACGACGUUGAGAUUACUGGGGUUACCAGUAGCCGAUAUAAGAAGCAAACCACAUUCGCAGCAACUGAUGUCGCGGCCGUGUCAGUUGAGCAAAGUGAGAGUUACAUUUCCGUCGCUGCUCUUUUCUCAAUUUCGGCUACCUCCCCAAAAGAAGAAAAGGUAUAUUUACGACUGCCAUCCAACUGGAGAGACCUCUAUAGGGAGUUCCUGGAACGCCGCAAGACACGUUUGGAUGCUAUGGAUCGUGACGCCAUCCGGCACUACCGUUCCAUCAUCGAGGAGCAAAUCGAGAAUGAAGAAUCAGACGGAGUUGUACUCACCAACCGUUUCAAAAUGCGUAAUCAGGCCGCGACAAGCUCUCCUGCUUCGAACUCUGGCUAUAACACACCGGUGCGACAGCAUGACGGUCUGCGAGAGCUAUGGGCUAUGAAAGCGUCGGCUCCAUCAUACCAACAUAUGCUCGUCGGAAGAAUGAACCUCCCUGUCUUCGGCUUCAAGGAAUCAAUUCUCUCGACCGUGGACAAAAAUCAAGUCACCAUCAUCUGUGGAGAGACUGGCUGCGGGAAAAGUACCCAAAUUCCAGCUUUCCUUCUUGAGCACGAGCUUUCACAAGGAAAGGCAUGCAAAGUCUAUUGUACUGAGCCAAGACGCAUAUCCGCCAUUUCGCUUGCACAACGUGUCAGUCAGGAGCUUGGUGAGGGUCCAAAGGACCUCGGCACCAUGCGCUCGCUUGUUGGUUACGCGAUCCGACUGGAGUCCAAGACGUCCUCGCAGACACGUCUAGUGUACGCGACAGUGGGUGUCGUACUUCGCAUGCUCGAAUCAUCUGGAGGUUUGCAAGAGGUCACGCAUUUAGUCAUUGAUGAAGUGCACGAAAGGUCUAUUGACACUGAUUUCCUCCUGGUCAUACUUCGGUCGCUAAUGGAACGCCGGCCUGAACUCAAGGUCAUACUGAUGAGCGCGACUGUGGAUGCUGCACGGUUCUCGCGGUAUCUCAAUGACGCGCCAAUCUUGACAGUGCCGGGUCGUACCUUCCCGGUACAAACUCGCUAUCUGGAAGAUGCGAUCGAGCUAACUCACUAUACCGGGACGUCUGGUCCGGCUAGGAAUUCAACCGCUAGCGAAAAUGAUGAUGAUGAUGAAAUUGCGAGUGAUCAGUCCGGCAUCCCGAGCAAGCUUCCAGGUUACAGCCCUACGACACGGAAUACGCUUUCCAAUUACGAUGAGUACGCCAUCGACUACGACUUGAUCACUCGCUUGAUCGAGACCGUGGCGUAUGAUCAACAGUUGAGUCGUUUCAGCAGUGCCGUCUUGGUUUUCCUUCCUGGCAUUGCGGAGAUCCGCCAACUGAACGACAUUUUGGCUGGCCAUCCUGCUUUCAACACCAACUGGUAUAUCUAUCCGCUGCAUUCUACAAUUUCAAGUGAGGAUCAGCAGGCCGCCUUCCUUGUUCCGCCUCCAGGUGUGCGCAAGAUCGUACUUGCCACAAAUAUUGCUGAGACUGGAGUGACGAUUCCGGAUAUCACCUGUGUUAUUGACAUCGGAAAGCACAAGGAGAUGAGGUUCGACGAGCGGAGACAGUUAUCGCGCCUGACUCAGUCAUUCAUAUCGAGAGCUAAUGCCAAACAGCGACGAGGGCGUGCCGGUCGUGUUCAAGAAGGUUUAUGCUUUCAUUUGUUCACAAAGUACCGCCACGAUAAUCUCAUGGCUGAGCAGCAGACUCCGGAGAUGCUUCGACUUUCCCUGCAAGAUUUGGUCAUGCGAGUCAAGAUUUGUAAACUUGGCGACAUCGAAGCUACCCUUGCUCAAGCGCUCGAUCCACCGUCAUCAAGAAACAUCCGUCGUGCUAUCGAUGCUCUAGUAGAGGUGGAUGCACUGACUCCGAGCGAAGAACUCACCCCUCUUGGUCGUCAGAUUGCAAAACUGCCACUAGAUGCACAUCUAGGUAAACUCGUGUUGCUUUCAACUACAUUUUCCUGCGUGGACGUCGCCAUUACCAUAGCUGCAAUUCUUUCCUCCAAGUCCCCAUUCUUAACGCCUUUUGGGGCAAAACAGCGGGCCGAUAUCGCUCGACUUGCUUUCAAGAAGGGGGAUUCUGAUCUCUUAACGACCUAUAAUGCUUACAAGGCAUGGAGAGCAGUUUGCAGUACCCCAGGGCGCUCCGAAAUGCAAUUCUGUCACAAAAACUUCCUAAGCCCGCAGAAUCUGGGUAACAUCGAGGAUCUCAAAGCGCAGCUACUCUCAUCACUUGUUGAAGCGGGUUUCUUACAGCUCACGCCGGACGAGCGCCGCGUCAUGAGCCGCUACCGAAGUGCGUCGCGGCAUCGCGUCUUUGUCGAGGUGCCCGCACAGUAUGACAUGCACUCCGACAACGAUGUCCUAGUCAAUUCGGUCAUUGCAACAGCAUUUUACCCGAAGAUCUUGACCCGAGAGGGCAAGGGUUGGCGAAACAUCUCGAACAAUCAGACGGUCAGCUUAGCACCAACAUCAGUCAACAAAGGCUCCUCAACAGCCAACUUUCUGUCAUAUUACCACAUUAUGCAGUCGAGCAACAAAUUCUAUAACGCACACUCAACAUCCAUUGCGCACCCUCUUCCAAUGGUGCUUAUGGUAGCUGCGGAUAUCGAGUUCAAGUUACACGCGGGUGUCAUCAGUCUACCCGGCAAUGUCCUUCGAUUUGCUGUCCGAGAUUGGAGGUCCGCUGUCGCAUUGAAGGUUUUGAGACGUCGUGUCAAGGAAAUUCUGGCAAACAGUUGGAAGAACCCGGCACGACAACUUAGCGAUCGCGAGAAGGAGUGGUUGGGCUUGUUUUCCAAGAUGUUUGAGGACAGGUUUGAAAAGGACGAGAGGAUUCGGGAAAGAGCUGGCGGAAAGGCGAAGUAAUUAGUAACUUCUAUCUUUGGACGGCUCUAGACUACACAAGGCUUCUCUAGACGAAAUCGAAUUUCGCUGUGUCCGCGAAUUACAACACGGAAAGGUAGAAAGAUAAAGGACAUAUGAAAUUUAGCAACAAAGUAGUUUUCAUGGCCG